CCAGCCUGGAUGUGGACAUGGCGUCGGCCCGGUUAGAGACCAGCGUCCUGCAGGAGGAGCUCACCUGCCCGGUGUGCCUUGACCUUUACCGCGACCCCUUCCUGCUUCCCUGCGGCCACAACUUCUGCAAGACCUGCCUCGACCGGCUGAAGCGGCAGGCGGAGCGCGGCAGGUUCCGCUGCCCCGAGUGCCGCGACAGCCACCGCUGUACCACCAGCUUCCAGAAGAACUUCAAACUCGCCAAUAUUGCCGACGACUACCGCCUCAGGCGCAGAGCCACGGCCGAAUCUGCCUCAGGUGUGAAACCCAGAGGAUUGCCGGCGUCCUCUGGGAGUGUGUGUGUGGUGCCGUGUGACUACUGCCCGUCGGCGGAGGCGCCGGGCGCCAGCGGUGAGGGCGACGCCUCCUCUGCUGCUGCUGUUUCUCAUGAAGGAGACGGAGCUGCCGCUGCUGGUGCUGCUGCCGCUGCCGCUGGUCCCGCUGCCGCUGCCGCUGGGUCGAUGUUUGCGGUGAAGACGUGUCUGAAGUGCGAGGUGUCGAUGUGCCAGGAGCACGUGAAGCCACACCUGGAGCUGCCGGCGUUCUGCGAGCAUCCGCUGACGGAACCCAUCUUCGACUUCUGGAAGAGGAAGUGUCCAGCGCACGAUGAGAUCUACAGGUACUACUGCAUGGACGACAAGGUGUGUGUGUGUAACGCCUGCACCAUAGAAGGAGAACACUCAGGACACACUAUGAAGACCCUGAAGAACACAAUGAAAGAUCUCAAGCUCACACUGGACAAGCAGCUGUACCGGGUGGAGAGGAAGCACAGCAUGGCGGAGAAGAAACUGCAGGAGCAGCGGGAGAAGGAGAGACAGAACAAGAAGUUCACGGACGACUCGGAGCAGUGCCUGAACCGACUCGGCGAGGAGAUGAAGGCCAAGGUGCUCGUCUUCGUCGGCCGCCUGCGGGACUGCACGCGCUCUCAGUGCGACACCAACGGGCUCGCCAUCCAGAAGAACAUCUCCAGGAUCUCUCAGGACCAGGCCCGGCUGCAGGAGGCUCGCUGCGGCCUGGAGGUCCUGGCGCAGGAGAACGAUCCCUUCCGCUUCAUCGAGGCGUACAAGACGACAGGGAAACAGUGCCGUCGGCAGCUCAGGAGAAACAUGUUCUACCCAGAAUACGUUGACAUGGAGACGGAGGUUCUCGUAUCGAUGAUGGAAGAAGAAAUGAGGAAGUUCCUGGACGAAGAACUCCAGUGUAGCAUCGUUGCCGCCUUAAAUUCCUUGUGUCAUCUAACAGAACUUGAGGAAGAGGAGGAGCAGGAUGAGAUGGAGGAAGAGGCGGCAGAGGAGGAAGACGAUGACGAUGUCCUCAACGACAGCAGCGAGGAGGACAUGAGGAGCGAGGGCGAGGUGGAGGAAGACGAGGAGGAGGAGGAGGAGGAUGAAGAGGAAGGACCCAACCAGAGGGAGCUGGCAGAUGAUCUUUACAGUCCGGAGGAGGAGGAGGAGGAGGAGGAGGACAGUGAUGAGGAAGGAGAGGAUAUAGAAUGGGGCGAGGGGGAGGAGGAAGAGGAGGAGGAGAGAGUGGUUUAACCGAGGAUGUGAUUUGUUUACAUAUAUUUUUCCACCUUCUUGAAGCACUUUGACUUUGACACUCGGCUUCGGGUGAGUGCAGCAGAUGUUCCCACAUCUCUCUGAAUGUCCCACUGACAGAACAGCUUCCACAGCAAGCUGAGAUCCACGUGAGGGGGCGGAGCUGAGAUCCACGUGAGGGGGCGGAGCUGCGAUUCAGCCGGAUUCAGAUCCAACUGGGAGAGAAUCUCACGUCAGACCUGUGGUGCAAACUGACUAAAACCUGAAGGAGACACGUGAUGCUCUGAAUGUGUUUCACCUGGACAUGAGCAGAAUGAGUCUCCUUCUAUAAAGUGUUUUUACAUCAGUAGAUAUUUACACAUGCAGAUGAAUGUAUAUUAACAGAAUGUGAUUUAAGAGUGAAUUUAGAAAACAAGUGGUAUAAGUUUUAUUUAGAUUAAUUUCCAGUCCUGGAUGCACAAAUAUCUGAAUUCCUUGGGUUUCCCAUGAGAAGCCUUUUCCAUCAGAAUCCUCGAAAACGGCUCAAAGAUUCGACCCUGAGAAGAUAUUUGAUUUGAUUUGAAUUUGAUCCGAUGCAUCAGACGACUGAGGCGUGGGAAUCGCUUAGUUCACGUCCGACUUGAACAUUGCAAACCAAAGAGUGAGGAUGUACUUUUAAUAAAUGUGUUUGCUUGGCAUGACGUUAACCUAAGUUACAGUUAACAUUGGCUCUGGGAUGACUUUUGCUUUUCAUAAUUCAUUGUGCUUUAAAAAGAGGUGAUGCAUUGUUUAAGAUAUUGUUAAUUAUUCCUAUGCACUCUUCAUAUAUUAUUCCUACAAUAUCAGUUUCAGGUGAUGUGGAAUUUUGCACUUUAUUACAAAAAAAAACCUGCUUUGUUGGGCCUGAAACUUUUGAAUGUGAAAAGCUGAUUUUUAUUUUGAUAUGAGUGAUUUUGUGAGCGGCCAAACAAAAACCAUUCAUAUAUAAAAAUGAAGCUUGCUGAAAACUGGUUGAUGGGGGAGUUGCCUUUUUGUUACAGUGUUUAUGAAAUAUGUGCACAAUUAAACUGUGGUUGGAU